AAUAUUUUAAAAUCAAAAUUCCGUGAAAGGGAGGCAAUGUUUGUAGUAACCUAAUAACUAAGUGAAAACGUCUGAAUAACAAAAAUAUAAAACAGAUAAAGAGCCUUAUAUUAGUUUUAGUACGUAUAUCGUUAAGUCAAAUAUUAUCCUGUGAAUAUUUCCCCUUUAGUCGCUCGGAGAAAUUUAAGGUGGUGCUUUUUUUUUUUCGGGCCUGCUAAUGACGUUUAUUGUGUAUUAUCUCAGCUGCUCAGUGUUCGGUAUAUCCGCAAGUUGUUUGUCAUAGUGUAUCUGUUUAUCUUUAACUGUUUGUUUUAGAGAACGUACUUUUUGAAGAAUUAAUGGAAGAGAUGAUAAUAAAGUGUGACUAGGACUUAGGGUCCUAAGUUAUUUUUUACCAUUCUAUUAUGAAGGACGGAGAAAGCCAUAUUUCUGCUGCAGGUUUAAUUUCCGAUCCUGAGCAGUACUGUGUUGAGGAAGAAGCUCAAGAAGUGACUGAGCAAAGGCGGAAGUCUGUGGAGAACCUGCUGUUGUCCAGUCACGAGUUGAUUGGCAGCAGCAUCAGCUCGAUGACCCUGCCGACAACCCCAUGUCCAUCAGGCCAUCCCAACAGCUUGGAUCCCAGAUCUAGUCCGAGCUCCAGCCCGCAGGCGAGCCCACGGCCCUCCCCGAGACAGCAGCACAAGAGGGACAGCUCUCGUGGGGACAUCUCCGUGGGCAGCUACAAGGAAGCGUCCCUUCUCGAGAGGCCCGAGUCUGCAGAGGACAGCUUGAGCCGGACAUCAGAGUCGAGCCACCCCUUUGAGUUGAACCGCAGUGCCAGCCACGAGAGCGCGAAGGAGAGGAAGGAGUCCCGGGGCUCGGACCGGGUCAAGAAGAAGUCGUCCUGGUACAAUGCGCUGUACCCCACCUACAAGUCCCGCAGCGAGGACUUCAGGAGGAUAUUCAAGGAUGUGCCACCCGAGGAGCGGCUGAUUGUGGAUUACUCAUGUGCCCUCCAGAAAGAUAUUCUAGUCCAAGGAAGGCUGUACGUUUCUCAAAACUACCUCUGUUUCUAUGCCAACAUCUUUCGCUGGGAGACAGUCGUGUGUCUCAAGUGGAAGGAUGUGACUGCCAUCACCAAAGAGAAGACGGCGCUCGUAAUCCCCAAUGCCGUCCUUGUUUGCACGGAGGGCGAGAAGAUGUUCUUCACGUCAUUCGGUGCCCGGGACAAGACUUACCUCAUGUUGUUCCGUGUGUGGCAAAAUGCUCUCAUGGACCAGCAAAUGUCGAUGCAGGAAAUGUGGCAGUGGGUGCACACGUGCUACGGGGACGAGCUGGGCCUCACGAGCGACGACGAGGACUACAUCCCGCCCGCGUCGGAGGACGACAAGUCCCAGACCGGGGUCAGGCUGUCGGUUGACUCGUUCGGCGAGGACUUCUCGCUGGAUCAGCUAACUCCUCUGGACUGCCUCCCGGAGGAUGGACCACUGCUGCUCCCUAGCAGCGCUACCACCAACCUCUUGUCGGAGAACCUGCCCACAGACAUGAGCGACACCACAGAGUCCGACAUAGAGAAGCAGCCAGGUAAGAAGCAGGUGGCUGAAUGCACGUCACAACACGAGGGCCGCAAGGUGAUGCGCGGCACGUUCCCCAUUCAUGUAGACCAGCUGUUCACGUUGUUCUUCACCGGUUCCAAGUUCUUCUUGGACUUCCACAGUGUACGCCGCACAUCAGACAUCAAUAUGUCACCAUGGCAACCCAAUCCAGAAACUGGUUUGAAGCAGCGGGUGGUUUCCCUCACCAUGCCUCUCAACCAGUCUGUUGGGCCAAAGUCAACAAGUGUAUGUGAAACUCAGGUGAUGCUGCAGUGCAGCAAGCCCGGGCAGCUGUACGCGAUCGACUGUGAGUCCGUCAACUCCGGCAUCCCGUACGCUGACUCCUUCUAUCUCUGCACCCACUACUGCCUCACCAAGACCGCGGAGAACGAGUGCUCUUUCGCCGUCUACUGCCAGAUCAAGUACAAGAAGACUGUCUGGGGCAUCGUCAAAAGUUUCAUCGAGAAGAACACUUGGUCGGCCCUCGAGGAGUUCUACACAUCACUCUUCAGUGCACUUCAGCUGGAGUGUGACCACACCAUGGGUGCCGGCAUCAAGCAGAAGGUCAGGCGGCGAAGACGCGGCAUCUCGAACGGGACUUCUUCCAUCAUGUCUCCUUCCCGACCUCUAAUGAGGCUGGCGGAGAACGAUGGGCGGAACGUGACGGAGAUGCUGAGCUGGGUGGUGCUGGCGAUCCUGGUGUUCCUCGUGUGUCUUAACGCUCUCCUGUACUACAAGCUGUGGGUCCUCGAGGAGUGGACUCAGAACUCGAGCCACUCGUUCACCGUGAUGGACCUGCAGGUGCUCAGGAAUCCACCGAAGACUCACGAGGAGUGGUUGAGGUUGCUGCAGCAGCAGGAGGCCUUGCACAAUGUCGAGAUGCAGAAGUGGCAGAAAGUGCUGCAGGCGGCUGUGCAGCUGCUCAGACAGACGGAGGAGUCACUGAGCGAGCUGCAGCUCAGCAUCCACCCCUUGGUGAGCAAGAAGGUGCUGGCCGUGCUCAAGGACACCUUCGCGGAUGCAGCGUCGCAGGCGGAGCACUCCCGGGCCGGCAGGGAGGACGUCGAGACGGCGCCGGAGGAGGAGCUGUGAUGCACUCACCGUAGUCCCCACGCCGCACAGAGUAGCGAUCACGGACACGAGCCGUAGCAUGGCCAGCAGAUGCUUUUUUCACUCUCUUCAGCUGAGCCUCUACACUCCAUUUUUUUUUUUUUUUUUUCCCCCUACCCUGAUGGUUGCUCCACAAAGUAAUCAAUUUUGUUCGACAUACCAAAUGCACGAUCACAUCAGUGCAACAAUGGGUUCAUGAACCUUUCAAAUUCAAGUUCAAACAUGCAGCUACGCUAGGAUUUUUCUUGUUCGUACUGCAUUGAGCGUAGGCUCGACCAAGAAAUAUUUUAUACGCAGGAUAUUUUUUAUGAAAACGUUGUGGAAUGAUGUUUUAGUAUUCCAGUGAUGUUAAAAUGUUUUUUCAAGAUAGUGUGCUGUUUGUGCUGGUGUUAAAGAUAGAUGUUUAAUUUUAAAUGAAUAGUAUUAUCGUUGCAUUUGGAGUCUUCCGGGCAUAUUCUACAACUGGAAUGACAUGCAUGCAUAUGUGUACCUGUUUGUAAGAAUUGAAAGUGUGGAUAUUCAACAUAUUGUACCUAGCCUCUUCCUACAAAUAAUAAAUUCCUUCUGUUCCUGUAAAUAACAAACUUAUUUUUGUUACUUUGUACCAACACAACAGUUCUUCCAUACUUCAAAAAUGUAUUUAAAAAAAAAAAGAAUGUUUUUUUCUGUAAAUAUUUGUAGGUAUUUGCUCAUUAUCAUUCCUUUACAUGUUUACACUGAUGGAAUACUCUAGUAUUUUUGUAAAGGUUGCUGGCCAUGUUAUAUUAUAGUACACAAUUUUCAGCUGAUUUUUCUAUAUUAUUAGUUAUCAUUUUACAUUCUGUAAAUUUAAAUAUGUAUGUUUGUAUACGUAUUUGAUUUAGACAUGUCAGUUUUAUUGUCUCCUGUUUAUCAUAUUAUUAAUUUUCCAGAUUCGUGUAUUUUGCAUUUUUUUUUUCUCUGAAAUCUGCUGGACAGUUGGUGUGAUAAUUAGGAAGUGUUUAAUAUCACAGUAUUAUCUUUAAAUUAUUUUAAUUGUAUUGUUAGUCUGUAUAUAGGUGUUCUGAGUUUACAGAUAUUUUUUUUCUAGGUGAACUUUGUAGUUUGCCAGAUCUGAAAGUGUUAUUAUUGUUAUGUAAAUAAAGAGAGAGAUAUUUAUAAGUACAUCUUUAAUGUAAAUCUCUAAGACAUUUAAAAACAGCUGCAUAAAUCCUAAAAACUGUAUACUUUAGGUAAAAGUUGAAAUAUGUCAAGCUCAGCACAUUUGUUUGUUACUGUGUCACGGUACUUACAGAGGCAUUGUUAUAUUCCUAUUAAAUAACUUAUUUGCCA